GACUAGAUUUUAAACAGUCUGGACCUGGGGAAAUGUUAGAAGACCUGUAUUAUAGAAUAUUUUAGAAUACCUGGAUAUUGCAGACACCGGAAGACCUGAAUGUUAGAAGAUCAGCACUCUGGAGACAUCGGAAGACGUGGAUCUUGAGCCCGCUGAUGGAAGACUGGGUAGUUGUCGGAAGACCGGAAGAUGUUGGAAGACGUGAAGAUGCUGGAAGAUGCGGAGAUGUUGGAAGACACAGAGAUGCUGGAAGACGAGCAGAUGCUGGAAGCCCUGGAGAUGCUGGAAGACCUGGAGGUGUAGGAAGACAUGGAUUUGUUGGAAGACGUGGCUUAGUUGGAAGACGUAGAUUUUCUGGAAGACACGACCUUGUUGGAAGAUAGGGAUUUUCUGGAAGACGUAGUUUCAUUGGAAGACCUAGGUAGGCUGGAAGACAUGAAUUUGAUGGAAGACGUGGCUUUGUUGGAGGACAUGGAUUUGCUGGAAGCCAUGGAUUUGAUGGAAGACAAGAAUUUGAUGGAAGACGAGGAUUUUCUGGAAGACAGGGAUAGGUUGGAAGACCUGGAGGUAACUGGAAGACUUUGAUUUUCUGGAACUCAGCUUUUUGGAAGACGUGAAUUUUCAGGAAGACCCAAAUUGUCUGGAAAACCUGGAUUGUUUGGAAGACAUGGAUUUGCUGGAAGACCAGAAGGUUACUGGAAGAAAUGGAUUUUCUGGAAGACGUGGCUCUUCUGGAAGACGUGGUUUUAUUGGAAGACCUGGAUUUAGUGGAAGACACAGAUUUUGACUGGAAGACAUGGGUUGGUUGGAAGACUUGAUUUGGUGGAAGACAUAGAUUGGCUGGAAGACUUAGAUUUUUCUGGAAGACGAGGACUGAUUGGAAGGCCUGGAUUUUGUGGAAGACGUAGAUUUUUCUGGAAGACGUACACUGACUGGAAGGCCUGGAUUUUUUUCUGGAAGACAUUUAUUGACUGGAAGUUCUGGAUUUUUCUGGAAGAACCGAAUUGGUUGGAAGACUUGUAGUUGAUGGAAGACAUAGAUUUUUCUGGAAGACAUAGGUUGGCUGGAAGACCUUGAAACUGUUGGAAGACAUCAAUUAGGAAGAUCUGGAUUUGAUGGAAGAUCUUGAAAUUAUUGGAAGACAUGGAUUUUCUGGAAGACGUGGAUUUUCCUGGAAGCUUUAGAUUUUGUGGAAGACCUAUAAUUGCUGGAAGACUGGAUUUACUGGAAGACUUGGAGGUUAUCGGAAGACGUGUACUCUUCUGGAAGACAUGGAUUGUCAGGAAGACGUGGAUUUUCUGGAAGACCGGGAUUGUAUGGAAGACCUUGAGGUUCUUGGAAGACUUGGAGUUGCUGGAAGACCCGUAGGUGUUGGAAGACCUUGACACUGGCGCCAUUGGAAACCCUGGACAUUGGAAACAUUGGAAGCAUAGGAUAUUGGAGACAUUGGAAACCUUGAAUUUUCAAGACAUUGGUUACUCUGGACAUUGGAAACUUUGGAGGCCCUUAAUAUUGUGAUAUUGGAUAUUAGAGCCAUAUACACUGAAAGCCCAGGACACUAAAAAUAUUCCACGUCCUGUACCUCAGAACCCCUGAACUCUGGCAGUAUAGACAAUAGAGUAUUUAGACACUUAGAAAUCCUAGAAUCUAAAACCGUUUAUAUUCAGAUUUAU